AUGGAUAAAGCCAUUCUUGGUGUAAAUCUGCAAAUGAUUCAAGCAAGCCUUUCUAAAACUGCGAUCGUUAUCAAGACUCUAGGGAUGAUUGAGCUAACUGAUGCACACACCGGGAUGUAUAUAAAAGAAAAAAUUCUUGACAUCUUACAUGAUUAUGAAAUAACUCUAGAUCAAGUGUUCAGCAUAACAUCAGAUAACGGCAAGAAUAUGAUAAAAGCCGUUCAAAUUUUAAAUGAAUCGACGGAGGAGUCCCUUUUUUGCGAUGACCGCGAAACUGAGAAUGUCAUGGAAAAACUAGAUUCCAUUGAUUUAAACAACAUUCACCUUGUAAGAUGCGCCAUACACACUUUGCAACUAUGUGUGUUCGAUGUUAACAAGGCAAAGGUGAUCAGCGAUAAAAUUAGUGCCUGUCGCACGUUGAGCAAAUCGCUUCGCACAGAAACAAACAGACGUGGUAACACGUUGGAAUUCGACGUAUAUAAUGGUCACCAAGCUGUUUGA